AUGUCGGUGGCGUUUUCAUCGGCGCGCCCCAGAAGUAAAGGGGAGGUGACACAGCAAACCAUUCAAAAGAUGCUGGAUGAAAAUCAUCAUUUAAUACAAUGCAUAAUGGAUUACCAAAGCAAAGGCAAGACAGCUGAAUGCACACAGUAUCAGCAGAUCCUGCACAGAAAUCUUGUUUACUUGGCCACAAUAGCUGAUUCAAAUCAGAACAUGCAGUCAUUACUACCUGCGCCUCCCACUUCCAGUAUGUCUUUGGGUCCCGGAGGGAUGGGCCAGAGUGGGGGACAUGGUCAAAGCAACCUCAAUGACAACAUGGGACCAGCACUGCCCGCGACAUCAAUGAUGCAGAGCCAAAUGAGUAAUGGCCUCAGCCAUGCCCCCAUGCAGCAGCAGUCUGGUCAGGUGCAGUCGGCUAUUCCCUCCACCUCCCUCAGCCUGCCAGCAAGCAGCUAUGGCAGCUCGGUCCCUGGGUACAGCCACGCUGCACCCUCCUCCCAGGGCAGUAUGAUCCAGGGCCCUGGGCCUGGUUAUGGCUCUUCCUCCUCUUCUUCCUCCACAUCCUCAUCUUCUUCUUCCUCCUCCCGCAGCAACCUCAACAUGCAUUCCAACCAAGUCUCCAUGAUGCACCAGCAGUCUGCCACACCACACUACUCCUCAGCCCAAGCUGGGGGGCAACAUUAUCAGGGACAGCAGGCCAUGGGCAUGAUGGGUCAGGGCAGUCAAGGAAACAGCAUGAUGUCUCAGAGGCCCAUGGGAUCCUACCGCUCUUCCCAGCAAGGAUCUGCACAGCAGUACAUGGGACAAGACGAGUUCUACGGAGAGCAGUAUGGACACACUCAGAGCUCCAGCGAGCCCAUAAACCAGCAGUAUUACCCUGAUGGUCAUGGGGAGUAUUCAUAUCAACAGUCUUCAUAUGGUGAACAAGGGUAUGAUAGAUCAUUUGAUGAAUCCUCACAACAUUACUAUGAAGGAGGUAACUCUCAGUACAGUCAACAGCAGGCCCAGUAUCAACAGAGCUCUGGCCAGCAGCAAGCCUUCAGCCAACAGCAGUACUCUUCUCAACAAGGCUACAGUGGACAGCCCCAGGGAUAUGGUCCAGUCCAGGGAGGAUCAUCUCAAUAUUCUCAGUAUCAGCAGAGUCAAAGCCAACAGUAUGGAUCCUACCGAUCUUCCCAGGGAGGCCCUGGAGCGCAGACGCAGAGGCCGUUCUCCUAUGAACAGGGUCAAUAUGGAAAUUAUCAGCAGUGAGGCACCACAAUGUUUUGCUGGUGGAAGAAAGUGUGCGAUGGAACAUUCAACAGUAAUGAACUGGGCUCAGCUAUGGAUUAGAUCAAGCUGCCAUCAGAUUUAUUAUCCUCUCAUUAAUCAUCAUUCUAGCUAAAAUAAUUAAUCCAGUCAAAUGUGACGCUUCCCUCCUCCGUUUUAAUUUCAACAGGGUUGUAGCUGGUUGUGGUGCUUGCAAAACUAAGGCAGUUAAUGUAACCAUUCUAUACAAGCUACUAAAAAGGGUUCUGUGGAGCUGUCACAUGCACCUCAGCAACAUGCACAAAUGAACUUGUUCUCUAUCCCUUACCUUUAUUGUUUUAAGAGCUUUUGAUGUUAUUUUAUCUUUGGUGCACAGCGCAAGUGAGACUGUGGGACUAAAAAAAAAAGCUAAUUAGCCUUGAAGAGAAUAUUCUUUGAUAUUUGAUUAGAAGACUAUAAAUCUUGCUCUUAUUCCUGGUAUAGACACUGUUAUAUCUCAUGGGUACAUUCUUCAAAAAAAAGGUGAAAAUGUUGGUCCUUAAACCUGACUUGAUCAUGGGGUUUGUCUGUGUUAGUCAAACUGUGAUGUGUUGCUGUGUGGUAUAACAUUAUGUGUUUUCACUCUCUACAUAUGUCUUGCUGAGGUAAUCGACAUAAUAGAUAGUUGACAGAUGAAAACUUACAAAUGUGUAUCAUUGUCCAUGAUAAUCUUACAUCGUGGUAGUAUUUUUGACACUAUAUUUUGAGUGGCAUCGCUCUGCGCCGGCUUAUAGCGUCUGUGCAGGGGUAAGGAGUGUUGCGCUCUGAUGCCAUAAAGUAAUGAUUUUUACAUAAAAUUGCAUUGCCACUUUGUCUGCACUUUAUUUUACAGUGACAGUGUAUGUAUUGUCUAAUAUUUUGUAUCGUAGCGUGAUUCAGGCUGUUUUUAAGAGAUGAUACUCAAAAAGCCAAAGUAACACGGGAACAGAACAGUAACAUGUCCUGCACCUCAACUUCAAUAAGUGCAAUACACUCAGCUCUGUCAGUCAUGUUGAGGUUGGCUCUUACGGUGAACUUUACGUGAUUAUAUGUAGUUUUUUUGUUUGUUUUUUUACAUACAGCUGUGAUAAAGACAGAGAUCGUUUGUCUCAAGUUAUUCAGUGUUAUGUUACAGAAAAAGAACAGAAUGUGAUAGACUAUUUAAGAAUAUUACUUCUUUAUUUAGGUGACUUAGAGGCAGAUAUGUGAACAUAUCAAACAUAAAUCUUACUACUUUAGCAUUUUUUUUCUUUGUAAAGUUUUUAUUGCUAUUAUUUGUAUUAGAUUAAGGAAUUCAUGUUAGAACAAUAAUACAAGUGUUGCAGCGGUAUAAUUUUUGUACAUGCACAAGAAUUUACCUUUUUCAUAUUUAUUAUCGAUCUAUCUAUCUGCAAGUUAUUUCUUUGUUUAUUUAGUUAAAAAGAAAUCAGACACCUUUUUUUAUUUCUGUGGUUGUGAGGGUCCAACUUAGCAGUAUUUUGUUAUAACAUCUUGUUGUAACUCAACUUACCUCAGAGGGGAAGAAUAACACAACAACUGUGGUCAUUCUGCAGGGGUUAUCAAGGAUGGGAGAUACCUGGCUGUCAAACAGCUGAUUAACUAUGUACCACUCAACACUGACAAUCACAGGCGUCUCUAAAUUGGUAUCAGUUUCUCAUUUUUACUGUGAACCAAACAUGUGUGGCAAGUCGUUUUCCAGUUCUACGUAGUGUGUCAUCACUCAUGGGUGGUAUGCCUUGUUAGUGUGCGUGUCGGUGUGUGUGGAUGUGCGAGAAGGAGAGUUUGAUGUGCAUAAUCCAAAUAUGAAUGUUAUCUACUUAUCUAUUGUAAGACUGCAUCGCCUGA